AUAAUUUGUGACACGAUGCUUAGGGUUGCACAUCUCAAACUUAAAUCAUCUCAGAGUUUAAUAACAAUUGUCUAAUUCCAAUCUCCAGGUUAUACAAUUCCAGCAGGUUGGGCCAUUAUGAUUGUCACUUGUACUCUUCAACUAAAUCCCAACGUAUUUAAGGAUCCACUUGCAUUCAAUCCGAGACGUUGGAAGGACAUUGAUCCGCAAACCGCAUCAAAGAAUUUUAUGCCUUUUGGUGGAGGGAUAAGACAAUGCGCAGGUGCAGAGUUGGCCAAGGCAUUAUUUGCCACCUUCCUACAUGUUUUACUCAGGGAAUACAAGUGGACGAAAAUUAAGGGAGGAGAUGUAGCCCGAACACCUAUGUUACAAUUUCAUGAUGGCAUGUAUAUUAAGGUCUCUAAGAAACAUGCAUGAUUAUGGAACACCACCAGGAUUCAAAUGCAGUAUUUAUUUUUCUUAUUUGGUGUUUGUAUCCGUGUUUAUGUUGAAGUUUAUAAAAAUUAUGAUGGCCAGUACUGAACUG